GUUUUAUGUAACCCAAGUCGAGAAAAUCGAAUUUGAGUUUGGAUUCCAUCGAGAUAAGAGUGAUUGAACAGAGUUUUUUUUGUCAGGUCUAGAGGUGAAAAAAAUGGCAACUUCGCGUUUACAGUUGGAAGGAGAUGACUCUGUUCAUCUACACAUUACUCAUGCCAACCUUAAAAGCUUCUCUGCGGAUGUUCGUUUCUCUCCACAAAUGAGUGUAGAAGCUGUGAAAGAAAAGCUAUGGAAGAAAUGUGGUACAUCUGUUAAUUCCAUGGCUUUAGAGCUCUAUGAUGACUCUGGCUCAAAGGUUGCAGUUCUCAGUGAUAAUUCAAGACCUCUCGGUUUCUUCUCCCCUUUUGAUGGGUUUCGGUUACACAUCAUAGAUCUUGACCCCUCCUCGGUCACAACUGGAGGCUGGCUUGAAGAUACAUCACUGGUUGAGAAGUAUAACAUCUCAGAAGAGGAUUAUGCUAAACGAACUGACAGUUUUAGGAAAUUCAAAGAAAAAAGAGCGUCUCAAAUUCCGGCUGCUGCUGAGGCUAAGACGAAGGAGAACUAUAUGGAAGAUCUCUGUGCAAAUAUCAAGGUGGGAGAUAGAUGCCAAGUUGAGCCUGGGGAGAAAAGAGGAAUGGUCAAAUAUGUUGGACGAGCAGAGUCGUUGGGUCCUGGCUAUUGGGUUGGAAUUCAGUAUGAUGAACCCCUUGGAAAACAUGAUGGCAUGGUGAAAGGAACAAGAUUCUUUGAAUGCCCUCCCCUCCAAGGUGGUAUGGUCAGGCCUGACAAAGUAAAGGUUGGUGAUUACCCGGAGAGAGACCCUUUCGAGGAAGAUGAAAUAUAAGAUUUUCACGGAAGCAUCAAACCAGUAAGGAGCGGAAGGAGUUUAAAAGAUUUGCUUUUGUGUUCAACAUCCACUCUUUUAUCUUAUUACAUUUUGCCUCUAGUUUUGGAUUUACAAGAGUUGGUGAAAACACAAUGCAGCACAAAGUAUUAAUUUUAAUGAAGAAUAACUAGUAAC